GCCGCCAUGGCAACAGACAGGAUGCCCAAAGAGGCAAAACCCUGCCACGGGCGAUGUUUCAGGUUGAUCCUGUUGCUAAGCAUUGCCUGCAGCGGCAAUGGACACGUUCAGAGGUCAUGGGUGCAGAGACGGAUGCUGGCCGUGUUGCCCUUGGCCAUCGGCAGUCCAUCUGCCAUGGCUUUUGAGAACCGGAUCUUUUUGGCCAAGGGUCCCAAGACUCCUGGACCCCAACCAGCAGGUGUUGGCAAAGGCCAAAUCCAGGAGUGUGGUGUUGCACCCAACUGCUUCUCUUCGACAUCCAGUGAUGAGCAUUAUCUCAAGCCAUGGAGCUAUCCGUCUGGUGGUAAAGCACAGGCGAUGGCUGAUUUGGAGAAGGUGAUCAAAUUGUACCCACCUGGCCAGCAGGACGUAGAUGGAGGUGGCUUUCAGAUUCAAAACCUCGAUGAAAAGGGAUAUGUCUACGUGCAAUUUGAAUCUUUGAAGCGCGGUUACAUUGAUGACGUGGAGUUCCUGGUGAAGCCCACCAAUGGAGAUUCCGGUGAAGUGUUGGUGAGAUCCGCCAGCCGUUUGGGAUACCUGGAUCUAGGGGUCAAUGCCAAGCGGUUGAAUUGGUUAUCACAGAAGCUCAGAGACCUCGGGUGGACGGCUCCAAAGAUUACGGCUGAGCUGUUCCCCAGGUAUGUGAGCGAAAAUCGCUGAGCCCCCGGGCCCAUUUGAAUCCGGGCGAACGGAAAACAA